UCACGAACUGGUUCACUUGACUAAAAAACAUUUGUUGCUGUUGCUGAUUGCAACACAAUUUUUGCCGGCUCAGAAGAGAUUUUAUUUUCACAACGAGCAGAAGUAAAAGUGCUGAAUUUGCAUAUCUGCAAAAGGGACAGCUAAAGUGCAAGUCUGGAACAAUGAAAAACGCAAUUCAUUGCGUGCUGUUAAUUAUCGGCGUUGCUGCCGCAUUUGGCGCUGCUGCUGCUGCUGAGCAACCUUAUCGCAGCAGCUUUAUCAAUCCGUAUCCGCGCUUUAAGUUCUACGAGGAUGGCGUCGACCCCGGCGAGCCGCUCUUCCUCACCCCGCUCAUCCAGGACGAUUCGCUGCCCAAGCGGCAGGUGCAGCAAAUGGCUCGUGUUCUUGGCGACCAAUUCCAAGGCGUUGAGAGCUAUUCCGGAUAUUUGACUGUGGACACGGGCUACAAUUCGAACAUGUUCUUCUGGUAUUUCCCCAGUGAAACGGAUCGCGAGUCUGCACCCGUCGUGCUCUGGCUGCAGGGCGGACCGGGCGCCUCCUCGCUCUUUGGCCUCUUCACGGAGAACGGACCGCUGCAGCUGGACGAGCAGGGCAAGCUGCAGAAGCGCAACUACACCUGGAGCAGGACACACAAUCUGAUCUACAUUGAUAAUCCGGUGGGCACUGGGUUCAGUUUCACGGAUCACGACGAGGGCUAUGCGCGCAACGAACAGGAUGUGGGACGCAAUCUGCACGAAGCUGUGAUGCAGCUGUACGAGCUGUUCGGGUGGAGCAGUAGCUUCUGGGUCACCGGUGAAUCGUAUGCCGGCAAAUAUGUGCCCGCUCUCGCCUAUCACAUCCACAAGGUGCAGAACUCGAUUGAGGCGCGUGUCCAUGUGCCGCUCAAGGGCGUGGCCAUUGGCAACGGACUGUCCGAUCCAGUGCAUCAGCUCAAGUACGGCGACUAUCUGUAUCAGCUGGGCUUGAUCGAUGACAACGGCUUGGCGCAGUUCCACGCUGCCGAGCAGAAGGGCGCCGAUUGCAUUGCGAAACAGGACAUGGUUUGCGCGUUUGACGUCUUUGAUUCCCUUAUCAAUGGCGACAUGACCAAUGGCUCCCUUUUUAGCAAUCUGACGGGCUACAAUUGGUACUACAAUUAUCUGGUUACCCAUCCAGAUCCGGCCGAUGCCAAACUUGGUGAGUUUCUGCAGGCGGGCGCCACGCGUCGCGCUAUUCAUGUGGGCAACUUGACGUUCCAUGAUCUGGACAAGGAGAACAAGGUGGAGAAGUUUCUGAUGAAGGAUGUUAUGGACAGUGUGGCACCUUGGAUAGCUGAACUCCUCAGCCACUACACGGUGUGCAUCUAUAGCGGCCAAUUGGACAUCAUUGUAGCCUAUCCCCUGACCCGCAACUAUCUGAAGAAGCUUAAGUUUCCCGGCUCGGAUGUUUAUAGGACCGCUCCACGAGAGGUUUGGCGCAUUGAUGGAGAGAUCGCUGGCUAUGUGAAGCAUGCCGGACAUCUGGUUGAGAUUAUGAUUCGGAAUGCCGGUCACAUGGCUCCGCACGAUCAGCCCAAGUGGCUCUACGAGAUGAUCAAUCAUCUUACUCACUACAAACAUUAGAAAUUGUUGAGAAUUUUGAUUGCGGCUCAAUUUUAAUGGAGCUUUAAAUGUUUUUAUUCGAUUACGGUUAAAGAUUUGUUAUUCGUUCAUGGCAAUUAUAUAUAUUUUCGAAAUAAA